AUCAUAUCAACCUUUCACUCUUGAGAUAACAUGAUAACAGAUUCUUGGAUAAUAUUCUGAGUGAAAUAUUAAAAAAAAAUCAAUUCGUGAUCAUAUAAAAAAUAUGGGUAUUAAAAUCAUAUUUUUUUCAGUUUUUGCCUUUUUAUUAAUAGAAAACUGUUCAAGUAUAUCUCCAACGAUACUGAAUUAUGCUCUUAACUACAUCAUAUCUAAAAUAAAAGGAGCGAAUAUAACUAUUCCAAAUGUACUUAUCACGAUUCCAGAUCCUUUUCAGGAUGUAAUAGUUGGAUACAUUAAUUUAACGAAUCUUCAUAUCUAUGGUUUAGAUACUCUAGACGCUAAAGCGAAUGUUGAUGGACUAACGACUGAUAGAGAAGGUUUCAAUAAAAAUAAUAUAACAGUCAUAGGAAUAUUUGAUAAUAUCGGUAUCAAUACUGAUUAUAAUCUUGAUAUGGGAAUAUUAGAUCUAAUACCGUUAUACGGAGCUGGUACGCUGAAUUUGGGCUUCAAGAAAUUCGAUUUUAAUGUUAAUACAAUACUAUAUGAUUACCUGACGUUACACAAUGCAAGUUUGGUCAAUUUAGAUGUUGGAUUUGCAUUCCGAGAUUCCAAUAAAGUAUCUAUAACUGGAUUUUGGAAAAACGAAGAAGUUAGUUCAUUUUUGACUGAGUUAUUCAAACUACUAGAAAUAACAUUUUGCAUGUGGUACAACUACUAUAAAGCUUGCAUAGAUUGUAUUUUCAGUAACAUCUUGGAAAUCAUAUUAAAUUUAUUUCUAAAUGCGGAUGCGGAGUCUGGUAUAGCUUGUGAUUGUUUUGAGGAGGUUACAUUUCUACAAAAUCUUAAUAUUAAGAAUUUGACAUUAGCCUGGAUGAUUGGAGAUUACGAAUAUAUGAAAGAAGAAAUAACCACUAAUCAAGCUUUUAAACAACUAUAUGAAGAAAUUUCUAAUAUUAUCGCUGUAAUAAUAAAAGAAAAUAAUUUAAAAGUAUAAUAAACAGGAUUAUUGAAUUGUA